GGAACACGGGAAACGAUAUAACGCACACGAGUCCACCAUACGGCACAAUCUGUCAGAAACACAAAACUAAGGGAGGGACAGUUUUACAGAAGCUGCAAUCAGUGAAUAAUAAGUGAAGAAGUUGAACAAGAUAUACAAGAAUCAAGAUGAAAGUGUUUGUGCCAAUUUGUUUGGCGGUGCUGUUGGUUGUCGUCCAGGGGAAAGAUGAUGAUGACAAGAAGAAAGACAGUGUCGGAACAGUGAUUGGAAUUGAUCUGGGAACUACAUACUCCUGUGUUGGAGUGUUCAAAAAUGGACGUGUGGAAAUCAUUGCUAACGACCAGGGAAACCGUAUCACACCCUCCUAUGUAGCCUUCACCAGUGAAGGUGAGCGUCUCAUUGGAGAUGCUGCCAAGAAUCAGCUGACCAGCAAUCCUGAAAAUACCAUCUUUGAUGUCAAGCGUAUGAUUGGUCGUACCUGGGAUGACAAAUCUGUGCAACAUGACAUCAAAUUUUACCCAUUCACCGUCAUCAACAAGGGUAACAAACCACAUGUCGAUGUUGAUACAGGUUCUGAAAGAAAAAGGUUUGCCCCUGAAGAAAUCUCUGCUAUGGUUCUUGGAAAAAUGAAGGAAAUUGCUGAAGGGUUCUUGGGCAAGACUGUCAACAAUGCUGUCAUCACUGUGCCAGCUUACUUCAAUGAUGCUCAGAGACAAGCCACAAAAGAUGCUGGUACCAUUGCAGGACUCAACGUCAUGAGAAUCAUCAAUGAGCCAACUGCAGCUGCGAUUGCAUAUGGUCUUGAUAAGAAGGAAGGAGAGAAGAAUAUCUUGGUGUUUGAUCUUGGUGGUGGUACCUUCGAUGUGUCCCUUCUGACCAUUGACAAUGGUGUGUUUGAGGUUGUUGCAACUAAUGGAGAUACUCACUUGGGAGGAGAGGACUUUGAUCAACGUGUCAUGGAGCAUUUCAUCAAACUUCACAAGAAGAAGAAGGGCAAGGACAUCAGAAAGGACAACCGAGCCGUACAGAAACUGCGUCGUGAGGUGGAAAAGGCCAAGAGAGCACUCUCAUCCCAGCAUCAGACCAGAAUUGAAAUUGAAUCUCUGUUUGAUGGAGAAGACUUCUCUGAGACUCUCACCAGAGCUAAGUUUGAGGAACUGAACAUGGAUCUUUUCCGUUCAACAAUGAAACCAGUACAGAAAGUUAUGGAAGAUGCUGAUCUUAGAAAGAAUGAGAUUGCCGAAAUUGUGUUAGUUGGAGGAUCUACCAGAAUCCCAAAAGUCCAGCAACUUGUCAAGGAUUACUUUGAUGGAAAGGAACCAAACCGAGGUGUCAACCCAGAUGAGGCUGUUGCUUAUGGUGCUGCUGUUCAGGCUGGAGUGCUCAGUGGAGAAGAGGAUACUGGAGAUCUGCUUUUGCUCGAUGUCAAUCCCCUUACCAUGGGAAUCGAAACAGUGGGAGGAGUAAUGACCAAGUUGAUCCCUCGCAACACUGUCAUCCCAACAAAGAAAUCACAGAUUUUCUCCACAGCUGCCGAUAACCAGCCAACUGUCACUAUUCAGGUAUUUGAAGGGGAGCGACCCAUGACUAAGGACAACCAUUUGCUUGGAAAAUUUGAUUUGACCGGAAUCCCACCUGCACCCCGUGGUGUACCCCAGAUUGAAGUCACAUUCGAGAUUGAUGUCAACGGUAUCCUGAAGGUAACUGCUGAAGACAAGGGCACUGGAAGCAAGAACCAGAUAACAAUUCAGAAUGACAAUGAUCGUUUGUCACCUGAAGACAUUGAACGCAUGAUCAAUGAUGCCGAGAAAUUUGCUGAUGAAGACAAGAAAGUUAAAGAGAAGGUUGACGCCAAGAACGAGCUGGAGAGCUACGCUUAUUCACUGAAAACACAGAUUGGAGACAAAGAAAAAUUAGGUGGUAAAUUAAGUGAUGAAGACAAAACAACAAUUGAAGAAGCUGUUGAAGAAAAAAUCAAGUGGUUGGACAGUAAUGCAGAUGCUGAUACUGAAGAGUUUAAAGCACAAAAGAAAGAAUUAGAGGAAGUUGUUACACCUAUUAUGAGUAAACUUUAUCAGGGAGCUGGUGGUGCUCCACCCCCAGAGGGAGAGGAAGGAGAGGAUCAUGACGAAUUAUAAAACUUGUGGAACCUAGAUUUAAAUUAUUAAUCAUUUAUAUUGGUUGUCUCUAAACAGGUAUCAGUCUAUUUUUGAACAGUUUAAUAGAAUUUUGAUGGCUAAGUUUUUGAUUAGUAAACAAUUCAGAAUUUAAAUGUAUGUUGGAGCAGUUUCACUGUUCCAGAAAGAAACUUCACCAUUUUUCUAUCUCCUGAGUUGAAAUUGAAUUACAUAUUUUGAAGUUAAUUGCAAAUUUUAUUUCUUUGCAUAAAAAUGCAAAUUUCUCAAUCAUCAGACAUUCAUCCAUUUUGUAUUGUAAAUCCAUUUCAUUCUCUGUAAAAAGAGCAAAGUAUAACUAUAUGUCAGAAUGCUGAAUGCAUGGGAAGUGCUUUUAUUUGAAUGUUUGGGUAUAAUUGUUAGCUCUGGAAGUACCAGUGUGAUAUUUUUGUGGUAUGAUUUGUGUAUUAAGGUGACUGUGAUCAUUUAAUGACAUUUAUAAUGUGGAUGGCAACUUUAUCAUCCAUAUUAUGUUCUUGGUUCACUUUAGAACUUGAGAGCAGCUUUUGUUUUGUUUCUCUUAAUUUUUGAAGAAUUAUUGUUCAGCUCAUGUUAAGGAACUUGGGGUUUUCAAGGUUUUUGACAUGUUUUUGAAUAUUCAAUACAAAUGUAGUUCAAAAUUGGACCAUAUCAUUUUAUGAUGUACAACUUAAAUACUUGGAUAUGAAAGAAGUGUGGGUGACUUAUAUUUAUGUGUGAGAAUGCAGUGGACUUAGUUUGAAAAAAAAAAUGAAAGUUAUACCUUCGUAGCAUAUAUGAACAAGUUGUUGCAUGGCUGAAAUAGCAUAGAGAGAAGGAAUCAGAUUGUCAACUUUCCUGGAAGUAUUCUAAAUACCUAAAUUUUCAGUAUUUUUGUUUUGUAAAAGUGCUGAAAAUGUUAUGAAAUUUACAAGAAUACACAUUGAAUUUUCAGGAAAGCUUUCAAGUUCGAAUUAGGCAAUGUUCCCAGUACAUUUGACGUGUGAAAUAGGAAUAUAUGUUCAGCCAGAGUGUAGAGUAAACUGCUGAGUUUGGAGACAUUGUAUGUAUGUUUGUACAUAAUGUGGUACAUGAUUAUAUGUAAGAUUGGCUAAAUACAAGAUUUUUUGUAAGAAAAAAAA